CUAACAGAUCAGCUAUAGAGGGACACGUUUCUGUUCAGGGAAUAUAGUCUUGUUAGAGCUAAGCAGACGAGGGCUUAUUAAAUAGACCCAAAUCUCCUAGAAUAAAGAGGAAGCUGUCUGCAUCCUUAGAUAAGACAACUAGCUGCAGGGAUGAAUAAAUGUGUUCCUCACUGAACACUUUGUGCACUGCCUCAAUUUUUCCAUGAACUGUUCCAUGUUCUCGUUGAAGAGGUGAGGACUCCUUCAUGUCAUCCUCGAUGGGACUCAGCAUGGCGCAGGAGGAGGACGGACACAGCCUGGAGGCGAAAUUUGCUGCUGCAGUUAAAGUGAUCCGGAGUUUGCCUGAAGAAGGUCCGUUCCAGCCAUCUGAUGACAUGAUGCUGAUGUUCUACAGUUACUACAAGCAGGCCACCAUGGGGCCCUGCAAUAUCCCCAGACCAGCCGGCUUCUGGGAUUCUCAUGGCAAAGCUAAAUGGGAUGCAUGGAGCUCUUUGGGAAAUAUGACAAAGGAGGAAGCCAUGAAGAAUUAUGUUGAGGACAUCCAGCUGAUUUUGGAGACCAUCCCAAUCUCAGAUGAAGUGUCUGACCUGAUACAGACUCUUGACAACUUCUACACAGUGGUAGACGGAGAAGAAGAUGAAGCUGAAGCUGAAGAAAAUGGGGUGGACAGAAAACCUUUUACCAGGCCUUUCGCACAACAUGCAGAUGAGCUGCUCAAACCCUUUUACAAACCAACAAUGGAAGGCUAUGGGGAUCUGUGGGAUGAUAUACAAAACCUGCAAGAGAAUGACAAAGACAGCAGUGUUCAUGGCUUAAGUGUCAGUAAACAGGAGGCAGAGGGAAGCAAAGAAAAUAGUGAAAUCGAGAUAAAAGAGGAAAGUAGUGAUUGGAAAAGUGAGGACGAGGAUAAUGGGGACGAAGAAGACAAUACGGACGAUGAAGAAGAGGCGGAGGAUGAGAAAGAGGAAAAAGACUGGAAUUCUGAUCCGAGGCUCCUAAUGGUCGAGGACAAGAGAUGGAGGUCUGACACCAUGGGGUCCAGCAGCAGCAUGGAGCCCAGCAUGUCCUCCUUCACCAACGGGACACACAGCUCCCUCAACAGCGAGGUGGAGGACGAAGAACUGGCCUGUUCAAUGGAGCCCAGUGUGCGGUAUAACUCCUAUAUGCACUUUAAUGGACACCUGAAUGAUUAUAAUGAUGCUGUUCAUGAGAAGAACCACCGAUCUACAGACUCAGAUAACGAAGAAUUCUGUGACUCAAUGGAGCAUCUGGCCAUGGAAGAGGGGCAGUCUACAAUAAAAAAUGUGUCACCUAGAUCAGGAGCUACUUCGCUGAGGCAAAGGGAUCUUUGGUUUGAGAGCAACACUACCCUGAAUGCAGGAGAGGAUCAAGCGCUCAUGGGAGAUUCCUACUUUAAAGAAGGGAUUAGUACAAGCCAACACAACAGCUCCUUAUCAAGAAGAGGGAGAGGCUCUCAAUCGCCCAGGCCAACCUGCAGCUCUCAGCAGCGUGUCAGUGUAGAUGCCACCUGCUGUUGUGUGUCACAGAGCAGCCAUUCUGUCAGUGCUGCCAGGGGAAACAUCAACGAGCAAAUAGCUACAGCUCUGCUGAGGCUGCAGCAUGACAUGGCCACUGUGUUGGACCGGCUGCAGGCUCUGGAGGCGCUUACGCUAUCACAGUCAAGACCAUCUUCUCCCAGGCUGGAGGACUCCCUACCUGUAGCACAAAAGUUCCUGAGACCGUCCUGGUGGCCUUUUGACUUCUGUCCACUCACAGUGGCGUUUACUGCACUCUGGCCUCUGAUUGCCCAUUGGCUCGUACAGAUUUACUUACAGCGGAAGAGAAGGAAAAUUCCCUGAAAUGUCUGAAAGCCAUCAGCAUCGAUCAAAGGACAUGAAACUUGGAUAAAAUUGUUGCACUUUUGUUGCUUCGUGGCUUCUUCAAGCCACCACCGCCACAGCUGGAGUCUAAUGAGGCAACCGGUAGUAAUGGAAAGGCUACCUUAGAUAAAUGAAUGGUCAGAAAUGUGUUUAAAGGGAGACUCUGCAAUGUAGUGUAGCAUUUUGACUUCAUGGAUACUUCUUAGGUGUUUAAGAGAGGGAAGAUUAUGCAUUAAAAAUGCUGGCACUUUCUAUUUGUUACAUUUAGCAUAGCAUUAGUAAUCUUAUUCAUGACGUCUUACAGAUCACCAAAAAUUGUACACAAAAUCAGCAUAACUGAGUCAACUUUUAUCGAAAUAAAUUCACCUCAUGUCACACAGUAGCUGUGGACCUUCGGCAGUUAGUUUUUAUACAUUUCAUUGUUCAUUUCCAUUUCUUUCCAUGUUCUUCUCACAUAAUCUUUUUUUUUUUUCCUGAUCACUAAGGACAUCAGCAUUUUAUAUUCAUUGUACUAAAUAUAGAAAUAUUUUAGGGGUAUUUCUUUUUAGACCAAAUAGACAUGGUAACACAUAUUUAUAUGUAAAUGUGCAUAUUUAUUGUAUGGCUUCAGUGCUUUAGUAGCAAAGAUUGCACUUUUUAAAAAAAAGUGAGAUACAAAAUAAGGACAAUCUUUCUAUUUAUUCUUGUGUCUUGUCAACUGUACAGUGGAAAAUAAAGAAUACUGUUCCA